UUGAAAACCACCUCACUGAUAAAGUAUGGCUGACUGCAUCGCUUUAUCGAUUACCCUUCCGGCGAAACUCCGGCGAUAUGCUCCAUCAAAACCGCCGUCUUCUCUAACGAUCUGCUGUGUCCUCAAUAAACGAGUUGAUACAUUUCUCUCUUCUCUUAUCACCACCGCCGCCGUUGCAAACGAUCCAUCAGUCUCUGAUCGCGUAAUCCGCAAAUUCGUUCAGUCAUCUUCCAAAUCCAUCGCACUUGACGCAUUCUCCCGUAUAAUCUCUCCGGAAAAUGCUCAUCCUCAUCUCUCCUCUUUCGCUCUAACGUUCUAUUGGAGGAUUACAGAAACGGAAUGGUUCAAUUGGAAUCCUAAGUUAUUAGCUGACCUAAUUUCUUCUCUUAACGAACGAGGUGAAUUGAACGAAGCUCAAUCUCUACUUUCAGAAGCGAUUGUUAGAUUGAAAGACAGAGAACGCGAUCUUGCUCUUUUCUAUUGUAAUCUAGUUGAAUCUCAUUCCAAACGAAGAUCGCAGUUAGGUUUUUGCAAUUCUUGUGACCUUCUCAAACAGUUAUCUGAUUCUUCAUCCUCUAAUUUCGUGAAACGUCGUGCAUUUGAAUCGAUGAUUGGCGGUUAUUGUAUGAUGGAUCUGCCUCUUGAAGCGGAGAAUCUGAUUUCAGAAAUGAAAGGUUUGAUGAUACGACCAUCUCUUUUCGAGUUUCGAUCACUAAUAUAUGCUUAUGGAAGAUUAGGUUUAUUUGAAGAUAUGAGAAGAAUUACAUCUCAAAUGGAGAGUCAAGGAUUCAAAUUAGAAACUGUUUGUGCUAAUAUGAUGCUUUCUUCCCUUGGAAAUCAUGGAGAAUUCAUAGAAAUGACUACAUUGCUUCAAACAAUGAAGAAAUCUGGAGUUUCGUUCUCCAUUAGGACAUACAAUUCGGUUCUAAAUUCCUGCACUUCAAUCUCUUCAAUGAUCGAAGAUCUCAAAACUGCUCCUAUUUCAAUUCACGAACUUAUGCAAGCGUUGGAGGACAACAACAACAAAGAACGGGUAUUAAUCCACGAACUGAUUGAUUCAUCUGUUCUUGAAGAUUCAAUGGAAUGGAAUAAUCAGGAGAUAAAGUUGGAUUUGCACGGUAUGCAUUUACCUUCCGCCUAUCUGAUUCUGUUACAGUGGAUUGAGAAGUUGCGAACAAGGCUCCAUGAUGAAGAUCAAGUAAUACCAAUGGAGAUUACAGUGGUUUGUGGGAUAGGCAAGCACAGCAUUGUUAGAGGGGAAUCGACAGUGAAGAAUCUUGUAAAGCAGAUGAUGAUUCGAAUGGAUUUUCCAAUGAGAAUCGAUAGAAAUAACAUUGGAUGCUUUGUGGGAAAAGGAAAAGCCAUUACAAAAUGGUUGAAUUCGUAAUGAUUUAUCGAAUGUUUAUGUUAUGUUAUAUUUUACAGUCAAAGUUUAAUUUAUCAAGAAUCUUAGUAACUAA